AUGGGAGGCGUCCGUGAAAAGAAGGCUGAAUACUUCUCAAAGUUGAGAGACUACUUGGAGGAAUACAAAUCUGUGUUCAUUGUUGGUGUUGACAAUGUGUCUUCUCAACAGAUGCAUGAGGUCAGAAAGGCUCUAAGAGGUAGAGCUGUUGUUUUGAUGGGUAAGAACACUAUGGUCAGAAGAGCCGUUAGAGGGUUGAUUAGCGACUUCCCAGACUACGAAAAGUUGUUGCCUUUUGUCAAGGGUAACGUUGGUUUUGUUUUCACUAACGAUCCUUUGUCUGAGAUCAAGGACGUUAUUAUCUCUAACAAGGUUGCUGCUCCAGCUAGACCUGGUGCUAUUGCACCAGAGGAUAUCUGGGUUAGAGCUGUUAACACCGGUAUGGAACCAGGUAAGACUUCUUUCUUCCAAGCUUUGGGUGUCCCAACCAAGAUUGCCAGAGGUACCAUUGAAAUUACCUCUGAUGUCAAUGUUGUUCAAGCCGGUAAGAAGGUUGGUGCUUCCGAGGCCUCUUUGUUGAACUUGUUGAACAUCUCUCCAUUUACCUACGGUUUGACUGUUGUUCAAGUUUACGACAAUGGCCAGGUGUUCCCAUCUACCAUCUUGGAUAUUACUGAUGAGGAGUUGGUUUCCCACUUUGUCACUGCUGUAAACACCAUUGCUACCAUCUCCUUGGCAAUUGGUUACCCAACCUUGCCAGCUGUUGGCCACAACUUGAUCAACAACUACAAGAACUUGUUGGCUGUUGCGAUUGCUUCCAACUACAUCUACCCAGAGAUUGAGGAGUUGUCUGACAGAAUCGCCAACCCAGAGAAGUAUGCUUCCAGUGCUCCAGUCGCUGCUGCUGCUGCUGCCUCUUCUGAUGCUCCAGCCGAAGCUGCUGAGGAAGAGGAGGAAGACGAAUCUGACGCUGACAUGGGUUUCGGUUUAUUCGAUUAA